AUUAACCAACUAUGCUGAACUUUCCAAAUUGGGAAAGUUUGGAGGUUAAAUCUAAAAAAAGGAGGGAACUUAAUCCAUCCAAAAAAAGAACAACCAUACAUGUACACUCCAAACUCCUUGCAUUGGUCAACUUACAAUUAUAUGGAUUAAGAACUAAAUUUACUAUAAUUAGAAAUUACAAACAUAAUCUGAAAAAAAUGACCUUACAAAUUCCAGAUCAGCCUAUAAAGGAUUCUAUACAGUACACCAAAAUAUCAAAGCAACUAUACUUAACAGUCCACAAACUCUUGAACUAUCUUCAAAAACAGUAGCCUUAACAGUUUUUGAAAAAAAAUCAGUGUAUCAUUGCCCUUCAAUGGCUUCAGGAAGUGAAGAUAAGCAAAAGGGGCUCGGUACUUUGGAUCAAAUGCAUAUGAUCCAGAGUCCAGUUUAAAAUCAAAAGAAGAACCACAGAACAUGGAAGAGCAAGAACCACAGCAACAAGAUCAUCAUAAGUCGAGACUCAACAAUGAGUUAAGGCAUCUUAUUUUCCAAGAAAUGUUGUCACUAAAAGUUAGUGGCUCACUUCCUCAUGGUACAUUCAAACGAAUUGCUCAAAAAUGCAGUUAUCAUCAUAGAACCAUAAGAAAUUUAUGGAAACGAGCAAUUCAAACCAAAGAAGCAAACAGGUCAUACGUUGUAGAAUCAAAUUACAAAAAAUGUGGAAGAAAAAGAGUGGUAGUACCACCAAACAUACUUGAGUUUAAACUAAUGGGCGAACGUACUUACAUUAGAGAUGUGACAACACAAAGAGACUCAAAAAAUCUACCAAGGGGCUCAAUAGAGAUUAAACCGACCAAGUCAGUUACUCAAGAGAUGUAUAGGAGUAUUCUUAUACAACAACUCAUUCCAGCAAUACUAAGAAAAUGGCCAAGUGAAGGUCCUUCCAUUAUUUUUCUUCAACAAGAUAAUGCAAGGGUUUAUAUCACAAAUGAUGAUCUAAUUUGGCAACAACACAAUAGGCAAGGGCUUUAA